CCGCCCGCGCCGUCGGGGCCGGUCGCCGCCGCCGCGGCCAUGGCCCGUCACCCGCCGCCCCGCCGCGCCCCGCCGCCCGCUGCCCGCCCGCCGCCAUGAGGCGCGGGGGCCCCGCCGCCCUCGCCGCCUGCCUCGCCGGGGCGCUCGCCGUGCUGGCGGGGCCGGGGCCGGGGCCGGGGCCGGGGCCGGGGCCGGGGGCGGGCAGCGCUGCCUGGGGUGGCCGGCGGCCCCCCCGUAGCUACGGACACCUGGAAGGCGACGUGCGCUGGCGGCGGCUCUUCUCCGCCACCCGCUUCUUCCUGCGCAUCGACGGCGGCGGCGGCGUGGAGGGGACGCGCUGGAGGGAGCGGCCGGGCAGCAUCGUCGAGAUCCGGUCGGUGCGUGUCGGCGUCGUGGCCAUCCAGGCAGUGCACACCGGCUUCUACCUGGCCAUGAACAAGCAGGGGAGGCUCUACGGGUCGAAGGAGUUCAGCCCCAACUGCAAGUUCAUGGAGCGCAUUGAGGAGAACGGCUACAACACCUACGCGUCACUGCACUGGCGGCACCGGGGCCGCCCCAUGUUCCUCUCGCUCAAUAGCAAGGGCAGGCCGCAGCGAGGGGGCAAGACGCGCCGGCAGCACCUCUCCACCCACUUCCUCCCCAUGCUCGUCAGCUGAGCCCCGCGGGCGGCUCAGGACCAUCCUGUAGGAAAAAAUGGAAAAAAGGGUUUAUUUAUGUACAUAUCUAUUUUUUUGCUAUUUAUUGUUUUAUUUUUAAAUGCACGGUGGAGGAUGGAUGUGGAAGACAGAUGCUCCAGACACAGCCUGCAGCCGCGCAGGGACGUGGCUCUCCCCACCGUCCCGCCGAGGCAGGUCCGGCGCGGCACAGCCCGGGGAGCGCGGCCACCGCACGCUGGGGCCGCCGAUGUCGUGCCCCCCGGCUCUGCUAAUGGCUUCCCUGCUGGGGCUGGGGCGGAGGCUGCGGGGCUGGGAUGUAACGGUGGGUCGCAUUUGUCUUGUGUCCAAGCACCCGUGGCAAUAAAAACUGCGUUUGUGGUACGGAA